AUGUUCUUGAUCUUUAUCCCGGCGUUUUUACACCAUGCGAAUUGCUUGAAAUGUGUGGUCAACGAAACGACGCCGGCCCGUUUUGGCGCGAGCCCUACGUGCGAGGGUGACACGUGCUGGCUAUUCUACGACCCGUGGAUGCAACACUAUGCGCGAGAUUGUAUGACGGGGAUAGCACGUGAGCCGGGAUGUCGUCGAGCGGUGGUGGAUCGGAAGGAUAACAUGUACCUAUGCUAUUGCAAUCACUCAACCAAGUGCAACACCGAGUUUCCUGUUUUUCACGACCAAAAUCGAACCGUCACUUGGGCAGGGAAAAACCUACCGAAUACGGACGUCAUCCCGCAAAAGGUUACCUGCGGCACCGAAUUCUUUCAGCAUGAGCUCACAGUUCCCGCAAACCUGGCACCAACAAUAGAUUGGCUGAAUGUCACCACAACGGUCACCACCACAAAUGAAGCAGCUGGCUGCUACAUUAACGGCUACAUCAACAUGCCCCGAGAUGUGAAUUUGACUGCAACUUUUCGUGCGGACCUGUUAAUCCAAGCGCGGCAAGAAUACCUGUUUGCACUGGAUCCAGCGCUCUGGGAAGCUGCUUUUCCAAUAUUGUUCCUAGGCUCGCUCUACGCGAUUCAAUUUUUCCCCUACAGACAGGUCUUUCAGAAGUUUUGCCGGGAGGUAGUUGAGUUGCGACUCCAA